CCGUCGGUCCCUCUUUCUUUUGCUGUCGGCAAGCAAGAUGCCUGGUGUCACAGUGAAAGACGUCAACCAGCAGGAGUUUGUCCGGGCGCUGGCAGCUUUCCUCAAAAAGUCAGGGAAGCUGAAGGUGCCAGAGUGGGUAGACACAGUGAAGCUGGCCAAGCACAAAGAGCUGGCCCCAUGUGACGACAACUGGUUCUACAUCAGAGCCGCCUCCACAGUGCGUCACCUGUACCUGCGUGGCGGCGUCGGGGUGGGCUCCAUGACCAAGAUCUACGGCGGUCGCCAGAGGAACGGCGUCUGCCCCGCCCACUUCAGCCACGGCUCCAAGAACGUGGCCCGCAAGGUGCUGCAGGCCCUGGAGGGGCUGAAGAUGGUGGAGAAGGACCCCAACGGUGGUCGCAGACUAACUCCCCAGGGUCAGAGAGACCUGGAUAGAAUUGCUGGCCAGGUUGCAGCUGCAAGCAAGAAAUCUUGAAUUAUGUAAUAAAUACAGUUUUGGAUAAAACUCAA